AUGGCAGACGACUCGCGUCUAAGGAUAUUGCUAAUAGGCAACGGCGGUCGAGAACACGCCUUAGCAUGGAAGCUUGAGCAAAGCAAAAAGAUUGAGUGUAUUCACGUGGUACCGGGCAAUGGAGGCACUGCUGGUCUCAACAAAUGCACCAACAUAACAUCCGUCUCCGCCGAUGAUUUCCCAGGCCUCGUCAAAUACGCCAAAGACAACAACCUCAACUUCUGCGUCCCAGGUCCAGAGGCCCCUUUAGUCGCAGGAAUCGUCGACUACUUCAAGCAACAUGCGUCGCAGAUCCGCUGUUUCGGCCCAAGCGAGGCAGCGUCCCGCAUGGAAGGCAGUAAGACGUUCUCAAAGGACUUUAUGAAACGCCACUCCAUUCCCACAGCACGAUAUGAGAACUUCAGCGACCACGACGCAGCAAAGCAGCAUCUCGACUCCAUCGACUACAGCGUCGUGAUCAAAGCCGACGGCUUAGCGGCUGGCAAAGGCGUCAUCAUCCCAACCACCAAGGAGGAAGCGCAAGCGGCGUUGAAGGAUAUCAUGCUCGACAAGGAGUUUGGUUCCGCCGGAAACAGCGUCGUGAUUGAAGAGUAUCUCGAAGGCGACGAGAUCAGCAUCCUCUCGCUAUCAGACGGGAAGACUAUCCUCAGCCUCCCUCCCGCACAAGAUCACAAGCGGAUAGGCGAUGGCGACACCGGACCUAAUACAGGCGGUAUGGGCACGUACGCUCCCACGCCUAUCGCUUCGAAGCAACUACUCGACGACAUCGAGAAGACGGUCCUCCAACCCACCAUCUCCGCCAUGGCCAAAGAAAACUUCCCCUUCUGCGGCUGCCUCUUCACCGGCCUCAUGCUCACCAAAUCCGGCCCGCGAGUGCUAGAAUACAACGUCCGCUUCGGUGAUCCAGAGUCGCAAUCCUGCCUCGCAUUGCUGGACUCCGACCUCGCUGAACUCAUGCUCGCCUGCUGCACCGGCACACUCGCAUCGCAAACCCUCUCCAUCUCACCUCUCAGCGCCUGCACCGUCGUCGUCGCCGCAGCGGGAUACCCGGGCUCCUACCCAAAGGGCACGCCGAUGAGCGUUAAGCAGCCGAAGGAAGACGGCGUGUACAUCUUCCACGCCGGCACGAGUCUCAGCAGCGACGGACAGCUCAAGACGAGCGGGGGACGGGUCAUUGCUGGUACAGCGACGGGUGGGACGCUGAGGGAGGCGGUGGAUCGGGCGUAUGAGGGGGUGAAGUGCAUACAGUUUGAGGGGAUGCAGUUUCGGAGGGAUAUUGGGUAUCGGGCUUUGCGGUAA